UGCGCUGCGUCCCCAAGCUCCUUGGCUCCGACAGCCGCACCAGCUAUGGGGUCGCCGCUGCAGAACCUGUCCCGGGGAGGCCGGGUGCGAGCUGCGCUCUGGUGCUGGACACAAGCCCGCGGCCUGAGCGGCCGCCAGUGCCCCAGCCGGGUUGCGCGAAGCCUUUCGUGCAGCCGGGGUUUCCCCGGCCGGGGAGGCAGGCCAGCGCUUGGAAGAACCAUGGUCAGCGUGCUCACUGAGAGCUUUCUUCAGGGAAUGCAACAUUUCUCCAGCUGGGACUGCUGCCAGAGUCUUCACAGACACCGUGCUCCAGUGCAAGUCACUGAUAGCUGCAGAAACUUGGGGAUGGACCACAGGGAAGAAGGUUUCCAAGUAGGUACAGAGGAUGACAGGGAGCCAAAGGCUUCCCUGCCCAGGGGGAACCCCACAGGGCCCCCAUGCUCACUGCCGCCUGAGCUUGAGCCUCCCACCAACUGCUGCAUGAGUGGCUGCCCUAACUGUGUAUGGGUAGAUUAUGCCGAAGCUCUGCUGAGGCUCUACCAGGAUGGCGGGGAGAAGGCCCUGGCCAUUCUAGAGGAGCACGUGACAGAUGAGAACCUCAAGGCCUUCCUCAGGAUGGAGAUCCGGCUCCGCAUGCGGAGCGGAGCCUGAGCCAUUUUACCCGGGACUCCUUAUCAUGGACAGACACUACCCUUAAGGGACGACAGGAUCACUUAUGUCCCUGAGUCUGGAAGACUCCACAAGUCUGCAAGGAUUAGGAAUUCUUGUGUAACAACUUCACCUCAGAAUAAAUGAAUCCUCUAUGAUAACCAUGCAGGGGCUUUUGUGUUGUCCCUCUGCCUGCGUUAUCUUGUCAAAGAAAGCAUGCCUAGGCUGGCUGUGUGUCCCUGCUCAACAGCUACAGCUUUCCCUACGGGUGAAGCUGAACUGAACCCAUGCCCGUGAACGCCCUGUGACAGCAGCACCCCCAAACCCCAGUGUACCUGGCUGUCCUGCUGAGAGUGAACUCUGGUUCCAAUCUGUGGUAAAUGGGAACCAGCACAUGAAAGGGAGCCAGCCGCUCCCUGUCUCCUGCGGGUCCUGGAGGGAGACGUUCCUUCUACCGUGUAGUGGUGAGGGCCACCCCUUAGAGUUCUGAGUACUGCUAGAAUGACCAAGGCAGCUGGGACAUCAAACUCUAGGACAGGCACUAGCAAGGACUGAGCAUAAGUGCAUUGAUGCCCACCUAUCCCAUUUAAAGGGAGAGCUAGGAUUAUAAAGU